AGCCACGCUGACUGCGCGAGCGAAAGUGACACACAAGCACAAACGCUCCUGUUGCUGCUUGAACGUGAGACAACAACUGAUAAAUUUUUUUCUAAGUACCGCGGUGCCCAGGUGUGGGCCGACAAAUCGCUUACCAUUGUGUGGGAAGAGGUUGUAGUGGAGCAGACACACGAAAGUCCAGCGCGUGCCACUUUACUGCCAUGCUGCAUCACCUGGAUACACAUUUUUUAUCCCUUCACCCUUUUUAAUGAAUUGAAAUUCAAUUAGUUCAUGCGCAACAUCUCUGGAACACAAUAUGGAUUAAAGACGGACACCAAACGAGCUCCAAGGACCACGUAUUAUUAUAAAUACAGAGAUAUUUAUACACAAACAUUUUUUUUCUGCACGCGCACCGUCCAAAAUUUCAUUCAGCAUCUCAUCGUGAUGCUAAAGCAGUAAAGGACGACAUCCGAGCGCAGAUGACUUUCAUGCAAUUUUUGGAUUACGUUUGCGUUUGCUGAAACAGCAGAAAAGACAAAAGAAAAGAACGGAAAGAAAGCAAGAAGACCAUGAAGAUGUCUCCUCCAGACCGAAGAAAAAACGUGCGCGAGCUCGCGCUGGAGAUCGGAAUCCGGAUGCUGCUGUUCGGAGUUUUCGUGUUCACGGAGUUCCUGGAGCCAUUUGAAAGAGUUAUUCAGCCAGAAGAGCUGUGGCUCUACAAGAACCCUUUGGUAGAAUCAGAUCUCAUCCCCAAGAGAGUCAUGUUUGCUAUAUCAUUCCUGACUCCUCUGGCUGUGAUCUUCGUGGUAAAGAUCAUACGACGAACAGACAAGACCGAAAUCAAAGAGGCAUGUUUGGCUGUGUCUCUUGCACUAGCGCUGAACGGCGUCUUCACAAACACCAUUAAGUUGAUAGUUGGCAGGCCAAGACCAGAUUACUUUCACCGCUGCUUCCCAGACGGCCAGAUGAACGCGAAAAUGCUGUGCACAGGAGAUCCGGGUCUGGUGUCUGAGGGCCGGAAGAGUUUUCCCAGCAGCCACUCUUCCUUCGCUUUCUCUGGCCUGGGAUUCACCUCCUUUUACUUGGCGGGGAAGCUGCAUUGUUUCACCGAGAGCGGCCGUGGACGCAGCUGGCGCCUGUGUGCCAUGAUCCUGCCCCUCUACAGUGCAAUGAUGAUCGCUCUGUCCCGCACCUGUGACUACAAACAUCACUGGCAAGACGCCUUUGUCGGCGGUGUAAUUGGCCUGUUGUUCGCCUACAUCUGCUACCGGCAGCACUACCUACCGUUUCUCCACACAGACUGCCACCUGCCUUAUGCCAGCCUGGCCCUGAGCACCGCCCGACAUGCGCCAGUCUCCCAGGACGUACCUCAAGCCACGGACAAUGCCACGAGCCUGCCUCUGGAGGGCAUCACCGAGGGGCCCGUAUGACUAACGGAGCUCCCAUCCUUUACCGCUCGCUUGGUAUGACCCACACAGACUGGCUGACUCUUGUACAUUCCAGUGGGUCGUACAGUUCCUGUUCAUUUUAUCCUUCACUGCUCCUCUUUUCUUUUCCGGCCUUGUGUUUAGUACUGAUUUUCUAGCCUCAUUUGGGAUACGGUUUCACUCGCUACACUUGUCGAUGGUCGACUGUAGAACAUAUCUGUGUAGCACUGAUGAGAGAAGGAUAAAUGAAUGAAGAUUAACGAUAGCACAAGGAGGAGGCAAAGUCCAGCAUGUUGCAGAUAUGGUAAUGUUUAAUAUGUACUGUAUAAUACUGAGUGGUUUUUCAUUUCAGUUGUGACUUAUAUUUUAAAUAUAAGAGAGAGAGAGAGAGAGAGAGAGAGAGAGAGAGAGAGAGAGAGAGAAAGGAGGAGAGAGACCUCUUCUUAUCAUUUCUCUGUGUGUUCUUUCUUUUUCCAGUGGCUUAUCCAAGUCCUUUACCUCCUCCGGUUAUUUUUCUUAUUUUCUGUCACGCCUGGCUCAGCGUUCAGUACCUGCCUGGGUGCUUUAUUCUGUUCCCCUCCCCACUCAUGUGUCUGUCUCUGUUCUUCACAGUGUCACAACGUCUGUCUCUCUGCCUCGUUCUUUUCUCCUGAUCUGCCUUAUUUCUUUGUUCGCCUCCCCAGUUUCCUUUUAUUUAUCAUGCCAAGAUUGCAUAGAUAUCUAAAUACAAAUGACAGCUAAACACUGUAUGGCUAAUAUCAAGUAGGUGGUGUGUGUGUGUGUGUGUGUGUGUGUGUGUGUGUGUGUGUGUGUGUGUGUGUGUGUGUGUGUGUGUGUGUGUGUGUUUGUUUUGAAGGGCAGAAACCUCAAUCUGAACCUGCAUUAAUUUCCAUUAUGUUAGGAGUGGCUGCCACUGUUAAUCAACACAUUAGAACAGAAGGGAAAAAGGAAGCUUCCAGUGUCUUACUUGGUCACAAGUGUGUUCCCUGGGCUGCCUGUGACCCGCCACAAUCAAACCCCUAAUGGGAUUAUUCAUUAACAUGCCAGUAAGUACUUGUGACUUAAUAGGACUGACUGUGGUGAUUGAACUGAACCGAGAGUUUUAUUUUAUCCCUCAGAAUCUCACACUGGUGCCUAACAAGUAAAUACCAUAAAAUGACCUCGCCUCUAAUGAUUGACGUCAUCUUGUUCAUUACUGAGGUGUACUUCCUGAGUGUCAGGAAUGAAGUGUUAAUACUUUUGGGAAUGCAGCUCUCACUCGGCUGUUAGUCUUGCAGUUCGUUCAGUUCAGUCACGAUUCAGUCCGUUCAGUCCCUGGUUUUAGAAUCGUUUAAUGUCCGAUGAGGCGACUCUUCCAAGCUCGAAACCGAAAUGAGAAGAAAGAAAGGGGGCGGGGCUUUCUUACUCAUACGCUGAGGAACAAAAAAGAAAACCACAUCCAAUCAGAUGAGUGCAUAGAAACAAAGUGAGGAAAAGUCCAACGCAAGCCUGACAGAAAGCAAGCAGUUGUACUUUUUAAAUCCUGCAUGUAUGUGAGACAUUAUACAGUAUAGUUUGACAGCUUCUGUUCUUUCGCUGUUUAAGACCCUCGUGUAACUGCUCUGUUUAUUUCUCCAUUACAAAUGAGGGUAUGCAAACAGAAAAAAACUUUUGCUAUGCACCACAAGUUUAUCAUAUAGCUCUGUUCUCUGACAGGCAUCUGUGGGUGUUUUAAUUAACUUUGCUGUCAGGUUUUUGCAGUUUGUGGGCUAAACUGGUGCAAUAUUGUUGCCAUUGACCACAAACAAGAAAGAAAGAAAGAAAGAAAGAAAGAAAGAAAGAAAGAAAGAAAGAAAGAAAGAAAGAAAGAAAGAAAGAAAGAAAAAAAAACAAAACAUACUGGUGAGAAAAUAAAGUGGAAGUGAAGGAGCUUCGCUGAAGACAAAUAGAGUGAAAGACAAGUGUCAGCUCUACACUUGAUAUAAACCAGUUCUAGAACAGUGCUCAUCUCUCUUUCCACUUCUCGCCGUACCCGUCUGUAACUUUUCCUACAAGUUAGCUUGACACAAAGUCGUGUUGAACUUAUUCAUGACUGGACUUAUUUCCCGUAAGAUAAAUCCCAGAAGUGUCACAGACUGUGCGAUCGCAAAAAGUGAACCCUUAAGCACAUUUCUGCUGGCAAGUUCAAGUCCACAAGCAUGUUUGAAGAUGCGAUUGCAUCAUCAGACGGCCUGCGAGUGCAAUCCUCAGCCAAGGCGCAUACAGGCGUCUGCGGUCGCUGUUAGAGGCGUUGCUCGCUCAAGAACGUCUUCUGAUCUGUUGUCUUGAUGUUUUGUUCGACACUUUAGACAUUUUACAGAGGGACUGAUUACCCACGGGACACUACGUCGGGACAAUGCAGAUAUAAUUCGGAGCCUAUAAUUCUGCUGGGAAAAAAGUAUGUGAGAUGGAAUAGUGGAGUUGGAAUUUAAUGGCUAGUAACUUUUAAUACAAACUGCAGAUCUGACAAACGUCAAGAGGAAUGAUGUGUAGACAUUGUUAUGCAUGGAUUGUGUGUGUGUGUGUGUGAUGUACACAUACUCUCGCACACAGGGAUUUUGUGGUACGAGAUGUACUGUAUAUAUACUACACAUUGACACGCGCACACACUUGUACACAACAAAAUCUCUGUGUGUGUGUGUACAGUGAUUAAUUAAAAAUGUGCAUGUAAACAGUUCUAGUGUCUACAGCAUUACUAAAACAGACAGGCAGCAGAUUUCUCCCCCGAAGCAGUUGGUGGUUACUGUGAAACCCUGUAUAUAGAUGCUGUAAAGUUUCUACUAUGUUAGACCUGAAUGAAAUGCUGGAGAAAACCUUGCUCAGGAACCCAGCAGUGUCACGUUGGUGGACCUGGGAUUCAACCUUCCGAUUGGUAUUCCAACACCUGAAGCACUAGGCUACUACUUGUGCAUGUAGACAUGAUGCGUUAAGGUUGCAGUGAAAGAACUUGAGUCCUUCCAUCAAGCCCACCAAAAAGACGGCAUGGUUUCCAAGCGAGAUUAUGGAGUUGAGAUGAAGUUUACUAAUGUGAGGUUUGGAGAAAGGUAACGGGUCUUCUGUCAGGGUCAGUAAUGAUGGACGAUCAUUCCAGAUCUUUCCGUUUCUUGGGGUGAAACUGAAGAUUUGUUUGACUUAGUAGAAGGACGACUACGGUGCUGUGAGCUAUUACUCCAAAUUAAGCAAAACAUCUAAAGGUUGGUAGGUCUGAAUUUGGCCUGUGAGUGUGUUUACUACCUUACUUCCCCGAACAAACAGACACGUCUCUGACCACAAGAAAGUACAUUUGAUGGGUUUAUUCACAUAUGACCCUAAAGAAAGCAGCUAUUGAAUCACUGGCCAAAAAAAUCUAUAUAUGUAACUUGUAACUUGUGAGUGGAAUUUUAGUUUAAUUCAUUGGAAGUGCGUUAGAUAUUUUCUCUCUCUUUCUCUCUCUCUCUCUCUCUCUCUCUCUCUCUCUCUCUCUCUCUCUCUCUCUCUCUCUCUCUCUCU